AUCGCUCCUGUUGCUGAGUUAGAAAGAGAGUGUGAGAGAGGACAAACACAGCGGCAGCUCAAAUGGACUGACUGCUCAAUUUUUAAGCGAUUACAAUAGUUUGUAGUUUUUUUUUGUUGUUGUUUUAAAUGGAUGACAUUUUAGUCCAGCGAGCGCUUUAGCUGCUUAAAAAUAAAUAAAUAAUUUGGAGACCGGUUCAGUGAAGGUGGCUCCUGACAGGUGCGCGGAGAGGAUGGGCAGACGUGAGGCAGAGAGCAGAGACGCAAUGAACGCAAGCGACCACUCCGAGCUGGGCUGUCUGCAGGAGGUGGCAUCCAACGACCAUCAGGCCGGUGGUGAGUCCUCGGUUCUGGGCUGCCAACUCGCGGACAAGAGGCAGAGAAAGCCGGACAUGGAGGCGGUGGAGCGGGCGCAGGCUGCCACAGCAGAGCCGAUGGACGUGAAGAAGCACCAGCACAAACACAACUUAAAACACCGCUAUGAGGUGAUGGAGACGCUUGGGAAAGGCACGUACGGCAAAGUGAAGAAGGCGGUGGAGAGGACAAGUCUGAGGACGGUGGCGAUCAAGUCGAUCCGUAAGGAGCGCAUCACCGACGACCUGGACAGAAUUCACAUCCAGAGAGAGAUCGAGAUCACCUCCUCGCUCAGACACCCUAACAUCAUACGCUUCCACGAGGUGUUCGAGAGCCGGGAUAAGAUUGUGAUAGUGAUGGAGUACGCCAGGAGGGGAGAGCUGUACGACUAUAUCCAGGAGAGAAGACGACUGCCAGAAACAGAAGCCAGAGGCAUCUUCAGACAAAUCACAUCUGCUGUCCACUACUGCCACAAGAAUGAUGUUGUGCAUCGAGACCUCAAGCUGGAGAACAUCCUGCUAGAUCAAGACCUAAAUGUGAAGCUGGCAGACUUUGGCCUUUCCAAUCAUUUCCAGAGAGGCAACCUGCUGCAGACCUACUGUGGAAGUCCGCUCUAUGCUGCUCCAGAGAUAGUGAAAGGACUGCCGUACCAGGGGCCCGAGGUGGACUGCUGGGCGCUGGGUGUGUUGCUGUAUGCCCUGGUGUAUAGCAGCAUGCCUUUUAAUGGCGCCAGUCAUGCCACUCUCACAGAGCAGAUCAGCCAAGGUCGCUACCGCAGACCCAACCCCCCCUCCGAUGCCUGCGCUCUUAUCGACUGGUUACUGACAGUACGUGUGGACGAGAGGGCUACGAUAGAAGACGUGGCCAACCACUGGUGGGUGAACUGGGGUUUUGAAGAGAGUGUGUGCGACUGCCCGUCAACUUCACAUCAAGAAUGUCCCUCCCCCCUGCUGGCUCGCUACAUCGACUGGCAGCAUCGGGUCGCGGCUGCCAGCGACUUGACUGUUGACCCGGGGUGCCUUUCGUCAGACUCCUCCCGUCUGCCCCUGCCCUCUCCCCACCCCUUUUACUUUAGUUUACCUCUGAAGAGCGAUCGUGGCAGGGGAGGAGGAAGGGUGCGGGGAGGAAUGUCAAGCGUUAGGAAGUCGCGCAAGGAGAAUGCAAUUCCCCAGACCGCACUUGGAGCUUGUGGAGGUGUUUGUGCCACGUCUGCUUCCUCUGCUGCCAUUUCCUCCACCUCCAGUGUUGAAAGAAAGAAACCAAAAAGUAUUUUAAAGCCCCAGAGGAGUUUUGACUCAGUCUUUCACAGCCCUCCCAAAGACAACUCUUCCUCUCAAGCUUGUAGCAUUGCUCCAAAGCCUUAUCGAUCACAUACACUUUCCCACACACAUGCUGAAGUCCUGUCCACAAGUCUGCCACCGGCCUCAUCAUUCUGCCAGCCCUCGUCAAAAAUGCCCAAGAAAGGGAUACUUAAGAACUUGUGUAGCGGGGAGUCAGUUUAUGUCUCAUCUUCAGAAAGAAGAAUCUGUGGAGCAGGAGCUAAAGAGACUGAUGUAGGUGAUUUGUGCUCUGACAGACAGCACACUCGUCUCCCAGCAGCAGAAGACAGCCCCACCAUGCGCACAGAGGCGGUGAGAAGAAGGAAGGGUAUCCUGAAACGUAACGGCAAAUUCUCUCACAGCCUGGAUCUUCCCGAUGGCCACCACUUAACUCCCUCUCCGGUCCCCACAAUAUUCCCCGAGGCCUUGCAGCAGCUCCUCCAGGCCACAGGGGGCGCUGAUGGACGCCGCAGCCGUCCCUCCAGUGUGGUGAGCGAGGACAGCCUCUUCUCUUCGGACUCCUUUGACCUACUAGACCUCAGCGCCCAAUCGCGACGGAGGGUUUUCUCCCCGGGGACGCAGCUCAGCGGCUGUAGCUCUGAGGAGGAUCUGGAUCAGCUCAGGGCCGAGGCAGACCGGGCUGAUGGAGACAUUAGAGCACAGAAGAAAAUGCCAACAUAAGUCUAAGGCAUGAUGGACACACAUCUGUGUGGGGGAAAAUGGUGUUUGAAGUCGGUUUUACAGUUCAAUUUUCUGUGAUAAUCAGUGAAGAACAUCAUUGACUUACUUAGAGGAACUCUGGGAUGUGGACACUAAUAUGAAUUUUUUUGUAAAGCACCAAGAAUCUUUGUUGGGGAAAAUGUUUAAAAGGCUGUUUCAUCUACCCCCCUGGCAGCAGUUUUAGACAAAACAAAAACAACAACAAAAAUGUAUUACUCUUUCCAAUGAUGGUGUCAUUUGCUUCUGAAGGUCAUAUAAGACCUUUUUCCACUAAGCCAGUUCCAGAGCUGAUGGGCCCGAAAAUCUGGCUAUCAUAUAAAUCAUAUAUAUGAUAUCAUGAAUGUAUUGGAGUACAAUGAGCGACUAGGCCAAAGGUGACACCUAAAGGGGAUCCUGUGUUUGCCAAAUUGCAGGGAAUAGACCUGAAUUUGUCAGCAGAGACUGUCCAUUUAAUUAAUUCACCCCGACCUCAACUGCACAAUGAUUCCUUUUAUAAGAUUUUACAGCUAAUUUCGACACAGAAGCCUUGAAAAUCUAAGUUUGGAUGCUGCUAGUUCCUUUUUAAAAACAGAUAAGAAGUAGAAUAAGAAGCCCCAUCUUGGAUCUGGGAAUCCAAGUGUCAGUAUUCUAUGGGCAAUAAGCAGAAAUCAUUUAGUGACUCCUGUUACGCUCUUUUAAACACAGAAAACAUUAGAAUCACUUACAAAUAAAAGAAGGACAGUGAAGUGGAUAUCAGAAAUAGAAAUAUAUAUAAAAAUAUAUUGUCUUGCAGCCUUUUCUUCUUCAUGAGUGGAGAAUUAAAACAAAGUGUUAAUAGUAAUUUGCCUAUGUGCCUAUGUUUGAUUAAAGAGUGGAAGGUACCGCACAUCAAUUUGCAAUUUGGGACCUUCUCUAUUUUGAAGAUAAUUUUUGAUGAACUUAACUUUUGCCCUAUUUUAUAAGCUCUCCAUAAACAUUUAGAAGCUGUUUUUAACUUUCUAAAAUAAAGUGCCAAGACGUUAUUAAGAUUUCAGUGUAUUAGUAUUAGUCAACAAAUAUAAAUUCUUCUGUAAAGAUGUUAACACUCAUUCAUUACUUCAUCAUAACUGCCAACUACUUGAUAUUGUUUUUAAUCUGUCCUUUAGAAGUUUUUUGACUGCCCUCACAUGCUUCACAGGUUGAGUUAACGUCGACAUUGCCUAUUUCAUCACAUCAUGUUAAGUUUAUUUGUAGGACACAGUAAUCAACUGUACAUCAUUUGCAAUAACAGAAACUGUGUGUGGAGUAUGGAUCACAUGCUUGUUUAUAUAUUAUUUCACCACACAUUAAGUGUUGUAUGCAGAAGGUGUAAUUCUAAAUCCCAAAUGUUCAUGCUGUGAGAGACUGAUAAUACUGUUAAUGUGUUGUUAUUUUGUGUGUGGGUGUGUAGGGCGAGGUAGGUAAAUAAAUUAU